AUGCAGCUUUCCCCAGCGCUGACGCAGCGUGCUGAGACUGCUGCUUCUACCGCAGAGGAGGAUUUGCGGUACUUCGCUCACUUUCAGAGUGCCUUGAAACGGUACAGUUCAGAUUCAUCUGGGAUCGAGCCUUCCUACUCCUGCCCAACUGAAGGCUUGGACGGAAGGGCGGAUAUGUCGGAUAUGUGGUUAUGCAAUGCGCGAUUGCUAGAUGCAAAGCAAGCUGGUCGAACUUGCGUGGUUUAUUCCUUCGGCAGUCACGGAUUUGACCAGUUUGUUCAAAAUAUGACUCGACAUACGACUUGUGAGAUUCACACUUUUCACCCUAGCUUGAGCAGCAGUGGAAGUUUGCAGCACCCAUAUACCAUUGGUCCUAUUGACAGCGAGCAAGGGGAUAUCUACAUAAAUGCCACGUCGCAGAAAAUUCGAAUGAAGCGUCUCAGCACCAUCAUGAGAGAGCUGGGGCACCAUGUCGCAGACGUCAUCAGGAUAGAUGCGCAAGGACUAGAGUUCCAGACCAUCCGUGACAUGGCUCUGACCAACUCAAUUCGAGCAGUUCGUGAGAUUCAAAUUGAAGUGCAAGGGGGAGGCGGAGAUAAAGAAGUUUGGGAGAUGAUGGACAUCCUUAACAACCAGGGGAUGGUUGUGUUUCACAAGGAGAACAUCUUGAAAAGCACCGGAAGGGAGGGGGCGGCGGUUAAGGCGGUUAAAUACGCUCUGACGCAUCUGGCGCCACGUCCUUUUUUGUUGCAACCUGAGCGGGCUCGGCUUGUGGGGCAGGCCGGGCCGGCUCUAUCCUCAUCCGGCGAAGUGGACUCGGACUUCCUCUCAGAGUAUGCGCAUCUGCACAAGACAGAGCUCGCGAUAUGUGGUCGAGUACUUGUGUUCGACUGCAACUUGCUGAAUGACUGUGGUGGUCUUGCAGAUCGUAUGACAGGCACGAUAACAGCCGCGAUGGUGUCCAUUCUCACGAAUCGUUCCUUCGUCCUGCACCAAGACUACUUUAACGAGUCUUUCCAGCCAGCCCACCCAGAUGUCGACUGGCGUUGGAGCAAGCAGCUGGAGAAUUGUACUCGCAACAGUCCAGUGUUUGAGUUUGUGAACAAAGACCAUGCUUGGGCCGACUUUCUCGAGCACUUCGGUGAUCGCCCCAUCGUGCGCGUGAGCUCCAAUAGGGGGUUUUUGCAUGGGCUGCUGGACCAUCCCAGGUACCGCAUGCAACUUGCCAAAUGGAGACUCACCAAGUGCAACAUAUUUGGACGAAUGUUCGACGGUCUUUUCAAGCCCACGCAGGCUUUGACGAAUACGGUGCAGAAAAUCCUGCCGUGGCAUGGAGAUUUGGCUCAGAGGCCCAUUUUGACCGUUGGAAUGCAUUUCCGAAUGGGCGACAGGUCCUUUGACCCUAGAGUGGCUGCUCUCGCAGUUGGUCGUGACGUGAUCAACUUGUGGGACCUGACGUUCAAGUGCGCAAAGAGCGCAACCUCUGCAGCAGUCGCGCUGUGGGGGGAACCAGUGAAGGUGCGCUUUUUCGUCAUGACAGACCACGCUGGGCUCAAAAACUACAUCCGUGCCAACCACAGCAAGGAUCACGUGAUGCUUAGCGACAUGGCGCCGGUACACAUCAAUGGAAAGGAGUACCGCAAGUAUCACAAGGCAGACGACACGAACCAUGUAGGGCAGCGCCUCGCUGUAAUGCAGACCUAUGCGGAGUGGUACGCAUAUUCACUGUCCAAUCUGUUCAUCCUUUCGCCAAGACGAUCUGGUUUCAGCCGUUUGUCUAUCAUGCGUGCCUUGGCUUCGAGGCAUCCGCGCUUUCCCGAAUACGGAGUGAUCCGUGCAGAGGCUUGUUCCACCAUGGGCCGUGCUUCUUGCAAGGCGCUUGGUCAAGAGGGCGCUAAGGUAUUGUGA